UAGUCCAUAUUAUGACGUCACUGGCAAUAACCUAAAAUUUGUUUAUCGAAUAUUUGGCAUUUCAAUAUAUUUCGAAUUUGAAUUGUAAAGUUAUUUUUUUCCGCCGAUUGUGUUGAUAGGUAGUUAAUACAAGAAUUGAAAAUGGCAGAUGAUCUAGAAAACAUCCCCUCAAUUACAGUAAAAGAGCCGCUUGAUCUGGUCAGAUUAAGUUUAGAUGAAAGGAUUUAUGUGAAAAUGAGAAAUGACAGAGAAAUUCGCGGUAGACUACAUGCUUAUGAUCAACAUAUGAACAUGAUACUUAGUGAUGCCGAAGAAACCGUCACCACUGUUGAAAUAGACGAGGAGACUUAUGAAGAAAUGUAUAGAACUACGAAAAGAAACAUCCCUAUGUUGUUUGUGAGAGGAGAUGGGGUAAUUUUGGUUUCACCACCAAUGCGAACUUCGUAAUAUAAUUUCUUAUUCCACUAUCAUUAGUAUCAACUAUUUUCAACAGCUUUAGGUAUGUCUAUGAGUCGGGUGAAAAUUGUUUUCAUAUACUCAAUUAUUACAACAGCCAUUAUCAAAUGUUCAUUCUAAGGAAGCGAAUAUAUAAUUUUGCAUAUGUACCAUUUAUCAUAA